AAAAUUCAGCUGUUUGUCUCAGUACUUUAACAGUUCCUAGAAAAACACACAUAACUGAGGAAAGUAGGCAUGCAUCAAUCUUUUUUACCCUAUGCUAAAGAUUCAGACCCCGAAUAUGAAAAACCACCAAGCUUUUGUGAUAGACAUAUCUAAUUUUCUCUACUCUAUCUGAAACUAAUGUUGGAUUUUUGUCCAGUCUUUUAAAAAUCCUCAAAGCUUGGUCAGGCUUGGCGAAAGAGUUGGAAAAACUGCAUAUCCGCCAAACUUGACCAAGCUUUGAGGAUUUUUAAAAGAUUAAACAAAAUCCAACAUUAGUUCAGAUAGAGUAGAGAAAAUUGGAUAUGUCUAUCACAAAAGCUUGGUGGUUUUUCAUAUCCGGUGUCUAAAUCUUUAGCAUAGGGUAGAAAAGCUUGGUGCAUACCUAUUCACAUGUGCGGAACUUUACCUACAGUUUUCUCAAUUUCAGCGGGGGACUAUACAAGAUUUUGCUGAUUUUGAAUGGGAUUUUGAAAAGUUCGAUUUAUUGACGUUUACUUUGAUUUGAACGAAUUUUGAAUUAUAUAAAGAGAAAGAGCACACUUCAAAGUACUCAGAAACAUCUUCACCUUUGUUUCGUUGUCUUGAAAGUUGUUUAAAAUAUUCUUAAGUCGAUAAAACAAAACGACCUUGAAAGUUCGUCCGUUUAUACGUGUUGUAUUUUCUUUAUUUAAUUCUUUUCCUUAGCUUACUACAAAAAAAUAUUGAUACACGUCUUGUACAGAAUUUGACAACACAUCUUUUGAAAAACAAUCACAUCUAAAAGUUGAGAAGAAAAAAAGUUUAGAAAAAGUUAGAGUCAAAAUAAUGAGAGAGUCAUUCUUCAUGCGACAUCCGGUAAAGUAAGAAUGCUGCGUGAACCUUUGAUUGUGUUUCUGUUCUUGAUUUUUUUCUUGCUAACUAAUUUUAAUUGUGUAUCUAUGUUUCAGGUAAAAUCACAUGAACAAGCAAAUCGUAUUGAAAUCUAUGAAAAAACCGUUGAAGCACUACAACCUGAAGUUGAUAAAUUAAUGGCAAUCAUGCAUUUUUCUAGUGUUGCUAUCGACAGUUUUUGUCGUCAAAUUCGACGUUUAUGUCAUCAAGAGAAACGUAAAGAAUUUGUUAGUGAGGCAUAUUUAUUAACAUUGGGUGAAUUUAUCAAUAUGUUUGCGGUGCUAGAUGAAUUGAAAAAUAUGAAAUCAUCCGUUAAAAACGAUUAUUCAGCCUAUAGACGUGCGGCACAAUUUCUAAAAGUAAUUAGUGAUUCAAAUGCCUUACAAGAAUCACAAAAUUUAUCCAUGUUUUUGGCAACAAAUGAUAAAAUUCGAACAAUGCUGAAAGCAUCGUUGGCACAAAUCGAAGGUUAUGAAGAUUUGUUAGCUGAUGUGGUUAAUACAAGUGUGCAUAUGUUUGAAAAUAAAUUUUAUCUUUUACCACAUGAAAAACAUAUGCUUGUCAAAGCUUUGGAAGUUGUGCCAUUGUAUGGUGAUAUGCAAAUUGCUCCGUUUAAUUAUAUUAAAAAAUCACCAAACUAUGAUCCAUCGAAAUGGCCAGUAUGUAAUGAUAAUUCGUCAACAUCUUUACAAGGAAAUCUUUUAAUGCAAUUACCAGAAAUAAGAGAAGAACAUCAAAACUUUAUGUCAGAUAUGGCUCUUUAUACGAACGAGUAUUCUUGGAAAUUAUUACAUCCAGCUGAUUAUCGUAAAGGUGCUAAAUAUGAAGAUGAUGGUGAAGAGUAUGAACGAGCAACACGUUACAAUUAUAAUAGUCAAGAAAAAUUUGCUAUUGUUGAAAUAUUAUCAUUAAUAAAAGGUUUACAGUUGUUAAUGAGUCGUAUGUCUGAAACAUUUCAUGAAGCAAUCUGUUCAACAACCUAUAAUGAAUUGCAAACAUUUGUUCAAAUACAAAUACGUGAUAUAUUGAAAAAAGUAACACAAAAAAAACGUGAAUUAACACGAAGUAUAUUGACUGCUGUAAGAGAUACAUGCGUCGAUUGGUGUACAGAUAAUGAAACGUCUUCAUCAUCGACUAUGGAUGAUACUUUGGGUAUGAAAAAUGGUCAUCAUUCAAAUAAAAAAGAUAAUCAUGAUGCAAAUAUGUCACGUUUAAACAAACGCUGUGCUGGACCAUCUAGUACUCAGCUUUAUAUGGUGAGAACAAUGGUAGAAUCACUAUUAACAGAUAAAAGUGGUUACGGUAAACGUACAUUACGAAAAGAUAUUGAUUAUAAUCAUUUGGUAACAAUUGAACAAUUUCAUAAAUCAUCAUUUUUCUGGGAUUAUCUUUUAAAUUUUGAUGCUACAUUAAAAAAAUGUUGUGACUUAUCUCAAUUAUGGUAUAGAGAGUUCUAUUUAGAAUUAACAAUGGGAAGAAAAAUUCAAUUUCCAAUUGAUAUGUCAAUGCCUUGGAUAUUAACCGAUCAUAUUUUAGAAUCGAAUAAACAACCAAUGAUAGAAUAUGUAUUUUAUCCAAUGGAUUUGUACAAUGAUGCUGCCAUGUAUGCGUUAACUGUAUUUCGUAAACAAUAUUUAUAUGAUGAAAUUGAAGCUGAAGUUAAUCUAUGUUUUGAUCAACUAGUAUUUAAAUUAAGUGAUAAAAUUUUUACACAUUUUAAAUGUAUUGCUGCAUGUAUGUUACUUGAUAAACGAUAUCGUUCAGAAUGUCAUAUGAAUGGUAUCAAAGUUAUGUUCCCAUCUGCUAAUAGAUUCAUUACCUUACUUCAACAAAGACAUAUUCAGUUAUUAGGUCGUUCAAUUGAUCUGACAUUUUUGUUGAAUCAACGUUUAACAACAUCGUUUAAAAAAUCAUUAGAAACAGCUAUAUUACGAUUUGAAUGUGGAAAUAUAACUGGAAUUAUGGAAUUGAAUAGUUUAUUAGAAGUGAAUCGUUUGACACACGAAUUAUUAUCAAAAUAUUUAUUAUUAGAUGAUUUUGAAUCAUUGUUAAAUGAAGUAAAUCAUAGUGUAUCAGCACCCUAUGGACGAAUUGCUUUACAUAUAUUUUGGGAAUUGACUUAUGAUUUUUUGCCACAUUAUUGCUAUAAUGGAUCAACAAAUAGAUUUGUUAAAACUCAAUUGCCACAUGUCAAUGAAGUACAACGUGAAAAAGUUGGCCGUGAAAUUCCUGAUUCACAAUUAUGGGGUACAAGAGAAUUAAAUCAAGCUUAUGAAGUCGUUAACAAUCUGUAUCGAGGAUUUGUUGGUGUACAACAUUUUCGUAUGUUAACACGUUUAUUAGGCUAUCAGGGUAUUGCUGUCGUUAUACAAGAAAUGCUUAAAUUAGAUAAAACUAUACGAGAUUUUGUUGAAAAAUUACGACAAUGUCUACCAAAACAAUGUAAACUGCCUCGUUCAGAUUAUGGAUCACCAGCAAUAUUACAAUAUUAUUUACAUCAAUUACAAGAUAUUUUACAAUUUCCAAGUAUACAAGAUGUAUUUCAUUGUUUUCGUGAAUUAGGAAAUGCUAUACUCUUCUUCUUAAUGAUUGAACAAAGUCUGGUAAGUUUUAGAAAACACAAAAAAAAAAGAUCUGAGUUAUUUUUUAUUCAAAAAAAAAAAGCU